GUACAAAUUCAACACGUUCAACAGCAGCAACACAAAUCAUUCAACAAGUUCAACAUCUAAUCGAAAAUGUUCGUCAUGAUUAUAAACAUCUCAAUGAUUAUCAAAAUUUAGCAGUAGUUUUAACUUAUCCGUGCUACAAACCACUACGAACUACUACACAAGAAUUACUUGAUAAUAUAAAUGAAUAUAACAAAUGUUUAAUCUUAUUAGUACAACAACUUCGUUUUACAAUAUUAGAUUUCAAAAUACAACGUCACCAUCUUUAUGACGAUAUCCACAUCAAUAAAAAAUAUAUAUGUCUUGUUAAUGAAUCCUUAACCGCCUAUUUCCAUAGCUCAAUAAUUCAUUCCCCACCUGUUUCAUCCUCUAUACUAUUACCACCCACAUCUAUUCAAUUACAAUCAACACCAAAAUCUACUGAAGAACCAGAACAACUCUCAGAUCAACCACAAAAACGAACAACUCAUGAACAACGUAAUCCGGAAACCAUUAAAAAACGUCGUGCUCAACAUCAUAAAGCACAAAGAGAAAAACAUAAACAAUUUAAACUGCAUCGACGAAUCGGUAAAAAGGUAACAAUACAACACGUUAAAAAGAUGUUGGCAUAUAAUCAAAUUAAAUAUAAAGACAUUCCACCACACAUUUAUGGCAAUUUAAACAUACUUUUUGCAACACAAGAGGCGAAAGAAGCUGCUGAUAAGCUUUUACCAAGUGACGCUUUCAGUGAUGGAAAUGUACAAGCUUGGAUGGACACUCAGAAUCAGUAA